AGAAAUUAAUAAAAAAAGUUUUAAGAAGUACUUUUGGUGUGUGAAAUUCGUCUGAAUAACAACUAUCUGAGGGUUUAUCCACUUCUUCUCGCUCUAAAACUAGUGAGAGAGAGUGAAAUUAUGCUGUAAUUCUAUUCGAAUUCUAGGUUUUGUGUAGAUUAUCCAGUCUAAAAUGGCUAUCGGUGCCGUUAUUUCUCACCGGAACUUCACCUCUUUCAUUAGCUCUGGUAAAUUACAUCAACCUGAACCAGCUACAGCACAGAGCAGAGCAGAGACUUUGAGCUUUUCUUCUGCACAAUGCGUGCACGGGAACACGUAUUCAGAAAAUAUGUGUAACUUAAAGAAGAUCUACUUUGUUUCCGGAUACCGGAACACCAUAUCAUCUCACGGUCUUAAUCCUGCUCCAGGCAACAUGUUGAGAUCCAGAGCAACGUUAUUAUCCGACGAAGAAAACAAAAAGUUUCCCAUGACAAAUCAUAAGCAAAGAGCAAGAGGAAUAUGCAGAUGUUUUGUCUCUUUUCCUUCAGAGAGCUGCAAUUGGAUUAAACCGGUACAGCAAAAAGAUACUAGUAUAUCUAAUAGGCCAACUCUGCAGCCACGUCAUACUACUAUUAACCGAAUCCGGGCCAACUAUAAAUCUGAGGAUUAUGACGUGGCAGCAGAUUUGGGCUCACUUGUGUCGUCGGAAGGUGGAGCAAGUGAGGCAGUUCUGGUUGGAGAAACAAAGCCCUGGUGGGAGCAGUUUCCGAAGCGUUUUGUGAUUGUACUUCUUUGUUUUUCUGCAUUUCUGCUAUGCAAUAUGGACCGUGUGAAUAUGAGCAUAGCAAUACUGCCCAUGUCAAAGGAGUUUAAUUGGAACAGUGCUACAGUUGGUCUAAUUCAAUCUUCUUUCUUCUGGGGCUAUUUACUCACUCAGAUUGUUGGUGGUAUAUGGGCAGACAAAAUUGGUGGUAAAAAGGUCCUCGGUUUUGGAGUUGUCUGGUGGUCGGUUGCAACCGUUUUGACACCUAUCGCCGCCAAAAUAGGACUUCCGUUCUUACUCCUUAUGCGUGCGUGCAUGGGGAUCGGCGAGGGUGUUGCUAUGCCUGCUAUGAAUAACAUACUUAGCAAGUGGAUUCCCGUCUCGGAGAGAAGCAGGUCACUAGCAAUGGUAUACAGUGGAAUGUAUCUAGGCUCGGUGAUAGGGUUAGCUUUUUCGCCUAUCUUGAUCCAAAAGUUUGCAUGGCCAUCGGUGUUUUAUUCGUUUGGUUCUCUUGGAAGUUUGUGGUUUGCUUUUUGGCUAAGCAAAGCUCAUAGCUCACCGACUGAGGAUCCCGAGCUUAGUGCUGAGGAAAAGAAGUAUAUUAUGGGUGGUAGUGUCUCAAAGGAACCCGUUACUAAUAUUCCAUGGAAACUUAUAUUAUCAAAGGCGCCUGUAUGGGCUCUCAUUGUGUCCCACUUUUGCCAUAAUUGGGGAACUUUUAUUCUUUUAACAUGGAUGCCUACAUACUAUAAUCAGGUGUUAAAGUUUAACCUCACUGAAUCUGGACUAUUAUGUGUAUUGCCAUGGUUGACUAUGGCGGUCUUCGCCAACAUAGGAGGUUGGAUUGCAGACACACUUGUUAGCAGAGGUCUAUCGAUCACUACCGUCCGUAAGAUUAUGCAGUCGAUUGGAUUCUUGGGCCCCGCGUUCUUUCUUACUCAGCUGAGUCGUGUCAAGACGCCUGCUAUGGCUGUACUUUGUAUGGCUUGCAGUCAGGGAUCUGAUGCAUUCUCACAGUCUGGCCUCUAUUCCAAUCACCAAGACAUUGGGCCCCGUUACGCGGGAGUGUUGUUAGGGCUGUCAAACACAGCAGGAGUACUUGCCGGAGUCUUUGGUACUGCUGCAACUGGUUAUAUACUCCAGAAUGGUUCUUGGGAUGAUGUGUUCAAAGUGGCUGUUAUCUUGUACAUCAUUGGAACUCUUGUUUGGAACUUCUUUUCCACUGGUGAGAAAAUUCUUGACUGAACGAACACAUUAGAAAAAAGAACCGAUAAACUGUAUGGUAAACCAUCUUUUACUCAAACGGGCCGUUGCCCGAGGCCCAUUGGGCUGCUCUCCCGAUAUGUUGGGUUAAGUUAAGGGUUGGCUAGCCCGCAACUGCUUUUCGCAAUUAGUUGUUUUGUGACUUUCGUCUACAUAAAAAUUAUUUGCAAGUCUCGGGUUUUUUCUAUUUUUAGUUUUGUUUAUGUUA